AUGAGACUUCAAAGCCUUCUCAUUCUGAUAUUGAGUCUGUGUGCUGCUGUCAUUGCCAUCCCACAAGAGGUUGAGGUUGCAAACCACAGACCUUCGACAAAGACAAGCACUACAUCUACCAAGUCAAAGCCCACACAUACGAAAACAGCCACCACCAAGACAACCACCAAGAUCCACCAGCCAACAGGAACACCCUGUGCUGGCAAUACCGCCAGAACCAGAUCAAAAUGGUGCAAAUACGACGUCAACACAGACUACACUAAGACUGUGCCAAAUACAGGCGUGACUCGCGAGUACUGGCUGAGCCUUGAAGAUCUCACUCUUGCACCAGAUGGCUUCAGCCGCUCGGUGAUGACCAUCAACGGCACCAUCCCAGGCCCUACUAUCUUCGCAGAUUGGGGCGACUGGGUCGUCGUGCACGUGGCGAACAAUCUGAAAACAGCUAAAAAUGGAACCAGCAUCCAUUGGCACGGGAUCAGACAGAACUACACGAAUGGCAACGAUGGUGUCGUCUCCAUCACCCAGUGUCCCACUGCACCUGGCUCAAGCAUGACCUACAAGUGGCGUGCUGAGCAGUAUGGCUCUUCAUGGUACCACUCUCACAUUGGCCUGCAAGCUUGGCAAGGUGUGGUUGGGGGAAUUAUAAUCAACGGUCCAGCAAGUGGAAACUAUGAUGUUGAUAAGGGCAGUUUGUUCCUGAGCGAUUGGUCCCAUCAGACUGUUGAUGAGCUCUACACGGUUGCUCAGACCGUCGGUCCACCGAUAAUGGAUACUGGUUUGAUCAAUGGAACUAAUGUUUUUGGAAACGAUACAAAUGCCACUGGCAAGCGAUUCCAAAUGAAAGUCAACCAGGGGUCCUCGUAUCGACUACGAAUCGUCAACUCUGCCGUUGACACCCAUUUCAAAUUCAUGAUUGACAAUCAUACCCUGACGGUCAUUGGAAUGGACUUUGUACCCAUCAAGCCCUACCAGGCAGAGUACGUGGACAUUGGAAUGGGCCAACGCUACGACUUAAUCGUAACAGCCAACCAGCGCAGAGUCUCCGACUCAUUCUGGAUCCGCGCCAUCCCCCAAGAAGCCUGCUCCGAGAACGCCAGUCCAGAUAACAUAAAGGGCAUAAUGUACUACGGCAAUCAACCCCGAACCCCAACAACAAGCCCCUUCAGCUUCAACGACAGCUGCAUCGACAACCCAGCAACCAGCCUAGUCCCACAAGUCCCCAAGACAGUCUCAGCAGCAGACUGGAGCGACAUGACCGACGUAACCGUAGGACGAAACUCCGCCAAUCUCUUCCGCUGGUACCUAAACAGCACAACCAUGCAAGUCCUCUGGGAAGAUCCUACCCUCCUACAGCUAUACAACAGCGCAAGCACACCCAAUUUCACCGCAUCCAGCGGCGUGAUAGAGUUGCCGCACGCACACGAGUGGGUCUACCUCAUGAUCAACACGAGUAUCCCAGUUGCGCACCCGAUUCAUCUGCACGGACAUGAUUUCUUUGUUCUGGCGCAGGGAUCGAAUCCGUGGGAUGGGGUCGUGCAUACUGCGAACCCGCCGCGCAGGGAUACGGCUAUGCUUCUUGGUAAUGGGUUCUUGCUUAUUGCGUUUGAGACUGAUAAUCCGGGGGCUUGGCUAAUGCAUUGUCAUAUUGGAUGGCAUACGGAUGAAGGGUUUGCGUUGCAGUUCCUGGAACGGGAAAGCGAGAUUGAUCCUUUGAUUGAUAAUGAUCAGCUUAGGGAGAAUUGUGCUUCCUGGAAUGCUUAUGAUCAUGCGUUUGAUAUUGAGCAGGAGGAUUCGGGUGUUUAG